AUGACGCCGGUGGAUGGACGCUGCACCCCGGUUCAGGCUGUUCACAGCACGGCGAUGACGGGCAACCAGGACUCAGACCUGCAUGAGCAGCACAGAGGACCAACGCAGGAGGAAGGGGAUGAGGAGGAGGAGGGGGAGAAGGUGCAUGUGUCAGUUGAGAGAGAAGAGAGGGAGCAGGAAGGGGAGGAAGAGGAGGAGGAGGAGGAGGCAAAGGAGGAGCUGCCAUAUCCCACUCUAGCACCGGUGGUUCUUUUGGCUCUGACCCAAACCAGCCCUCCCCGCUCCUGGUGCCUUCGAGCUGUUUGCCACCCAUGGUUUGAACGCGUGAGCAUUUUGGCCAUCCUGCUGAACUGUGUGACUCUCGGGAUGUUCCAGCCCUGUGACCACACACCCUUCCUGCUGCAGGCUUUGGAUGAUGGGAUCUUUGUUUUUUUUGCCGGGGAAAUGGUAAUGAAGAUGGUGGCUCUCGGGGUCAUAGGUCACAACGGUUACCUUGGCGACACAUGGAACAGAUUGGACUUCUUCAUUGUUAUAGUGGGAAUGCUGGAGUACUCGCUUGAUGGACACAACGUCAGCCUAUCAGCAAUCAGGACCGUCCGGGUUCUCCGCCCGCUGCGAGCCAUCAACAGAGUCCCCAGUAUGCGUAUCCUGGUGACCCUCCUUCUAGACACUCUUCCCAUGCUGGGCAACGUGCUGGCACUGUGCUUCUUCGUCUUCUUCAUCUUCGGCAUCGUCGGCGUGCAGCUGUGGGCGGGGCUACUGAGGAACCGCUGUUUCAUGGGAGAGGAUGUCAAGAUGAGAUAUAACAUCUCCUUCCUGAGCGGCUACUAUCAGCCAGAUGGCACAGACGACCAUCCCUUCAUCUGCUCGAUGGAAAGAGAGAACGGGAUGCUUCGAUGCACUGAUGUUCCUCGCCGCAGUGUGAGCGGGACUUCCUGCUUCCUGAGUGCAGACGAGGCCCAUCGUCAGGAGAUGGGACUCGAAGCAGAUGAACCGGUGUCAUGUGUGAACUGGUACCAGUAUUACAAUGAGUGUCGUGCCGAAGUAAACCCACACAAAGGAGCUAUUAACUUUGAUAACAUUGGAUACGCAUGGAUCGCCAUUUUUCAGGUGAUCACUCUUGAAGGUUGGGUGGACAUUAUGUACUACGUCAUGGAUGCACAUUCUUUCUACAACUUUAUCUACUUCAUCUUCCUAAUUAUUGUGGGCUCCUUCUUCAUGAUCAACCUGUGCCUGGUCGUCAUAGCAACCCAGUUUUCCGAAACAAAGCAGAGGGAACACGCCUUAAUGAAAUCAGAGCAGCACGCCCGGCAGCUCCACCAAUCAGCUUCCACGCUGGCCAGCGACAGCCAACCGGGAAGCUGCUACGAGGAGCUGAUCCGCUACAUGGCGCACCUGGGCCGCAAGGCGUGGCGACGGCUGUCCCGCUGCUACGCCCAGACGCGCACACACUUUCACUGCACGUGUGAGAAGAACAAAGGAGGCGGAGCUGGAGAAAUGAACGGACUUGCCCACCGGCACUCGGGACACGUUCCCAACGACCUGUCGCACCUUCAUCAGCUUUAUCACAAUCAUCACCACCAUCACCAACAUCAUCACCAGCAUGAACAGCCGCAGCCUGAGCCGGCUGUCAGAAACGGAGGGAAUGGUUUUAAUUACCCCUUCAUAUCGCCCCUCCUCAGUCACCUGGAUGCAAAGGCCCUGGACCAGAAGAGGCGGGUAGCCAAGGAGGCCGUCAACAGACUGCCACAGCUGGAGGUGGAGCAUGGUGGGUGCACUGGGCACCCUGGGUUACAAUUGCCAGGUGAAGUCCAAGGAGAGUCCUCAGUAUGCCCGUACUGCGUUUACUACAACCAACCUAAUGACAGCGAAAAUGCUAAUGAGCAGCCUGAGGACCAGCAUCAUGGGUACAGCAACUCAUGCCAUGGCAACAGUCCGUGUCAUAGUAACAGCCCUUGUCACUGUAGAAGCCCCUGCCCCGGUGAUGCACAGGUGUCUAAGCCAAAGAAGAGGCUGUGCCAGCGUUGCUGGGCGGAACUCCAAACUAAACUGGAUAUCAUUGUUGGCAGCAGAUACUUCAGCAGAGGAAUCAUGAUUGCCAUCCUUAUUAACACGCUGUCAAUGGGCAUAGAGUUCCACGAACAGCCGAAGGAGCUGACGGAUAUUUUGGAGAUCAGUAACAUGGUGUUUACGAGUCUGUUCAGUCUAGAGAUGCUACUGAAGCUCAUGGCUCUCGGGCUCUUUGGCUACAUCAAGAACCCCUACAACGGCUUUGACAGCAUCAUUGUCAUUAUCAGUGUUUGGGAGAUCGUAGGUGAGGCAGAGGGAGGAUUGUCGGUGCUUCGUACCUUCCGACUGUUGAGAGUUUUGAAGCUGGUCCGCUUCCUUCCCGCCCUGAGGAGGCAGCUGGUAGUGCUGAUGAAGACCAUGGACAAUGUAGCCACGUUCUGCAUGUUGCUUAUGCUCUUUAUAUUCAUAUUCAGUAUCUUGGGGAUGCAUUUGUUCGGCUGUAAAUUCAGUUUGCAACAAGACAGUGGAGACACUUUACCUGACAGGAAGAACUUUGACUCUCUGCUCUGGGCGACUGUCACUGUGUUUCAGAUCCUCACCCAGGAGGACUGGAACGCGGUGCUCUACAACGGCAUGGCCUCCACCACGCCGUUGGCUGCCCUCUACUUUGUUGCCCUCAUGACCUUUGGCAACUAUGUCCUCUUCAACUUGCUUGUAGCCAUUUUGGUUGAGGGCUUUCAAGCAGAGGGAGAUGCCAACAGAUCUGAGACAGAUGACGAGAUACAAUCGCUAAAUUUCGAUGAUGAGGAGAAGUUGAGAGAGCUGUACGCUGCAGAGCUCAAGAUUCAGGCCAUGAUGCUGAGCCCCAAUGGUCUCCUAAACCCAAAGGCCUCCAUGCCCCAUCACCUUCCUCCUCCUCCGUUGCCGGUCAUCACUCACACCGCAGCCACGCCCACCAUUAACUACAGCCAGUCACGCCGGGCGAGUGCUGCUUCCAUGGACGUCCACAGCCUUGAGCAGAGGUCACCGUUGCCUUCACAGGUUCUGUGGGACUGCGGUUCAGAGAGCCGUCGCUCCAGCUGGACCAGCAUCGGCCGAGCCCCCAGCCUCCACAGGAGGAGUCAGUCGGGGGAGAUGGAGUCCCUGCUGUCCGACACGCACACAAGCUCCAACCUCAGCAGCAGGGAGCAGUCGCUGGACCAGCAGGAUUACCUGCAGGUGCCCAUGCUCCACUCGCCCGACUGCAACGGCACCACCUUUCACCUCCCUGACGAUGCUCCCCUGACCACACUCUGCCUCAGCGAUCAGGACGAGGAAGAGAUUGAGGAGAGUUUAUGUAAGAAGCUGAAGAAGAUUCUGGAGCCAUAUGAGCCUCAGUGGUGCCUGGAGCAUGAAGAGUGGUCUCUCUAUCUGUUUUCCCCACACAACCGGCUCAGGUUGUGGUGUCAGAGGGUCAUAGGUCACAAGAUGUUUGAUCAUGUCAUCCUCCUCUUCAUCUUCCUUAAUUGUAUCACCAUUGCACUGGAGAGACCGGAUAUACCGUCCAACAGCAUGGAGCGGGUGUUCCUCAGUGUGUCUAAUUACAUCUUCACAGUGAUCUUCGUGGGUGAAAUGAUGAUCAAGGUGGUAGCUAUGGGUCUGUACUUUGGAAAUGGCGUGUACCUGCAGAGCAGCUGGAAUAUCUUGGACGGGCUGCUGGUGUUUGUGUCCAUGGUGGACAUCCUGGUCUCCAUCGCAUCAGCAGGUGGUAAUCGAAUCCUAGGCAUCCUCCGUGUGCUUCGUCUGCUCCGCACAUUGCGACCACUCAGGGUGAUAAGUCGGGCUCCUGGUCUAAAACUGGUGGUGGAGACUCUGAUCACAUCUCUGAGACCCAUUGGGAAUAUCGUCCUCAUCUGCUGUGCUUUUUUCAUCGUGUUUGGAAUUCUGGGAGUCCAGCUGUUUAAAGGGAAGUUCUUCUACUGUGACGGGCUCGAUGUGAGCAAAAUCAUCAAUAAGACACAGUGUCUGGGGGCCGGAUACCGCUGGGUGAGACGGAAAUACAACUUUGACAACCUGGGACAGGCACUGAUGUCACUGUUUGUGCUGUCGUGUAAAGAUGGCUGGGUCAGCAUCAUGUACGAUGGCCUGGAUGCUGUCGCAGUGGACCAGCAGCCGAUAAGAAACAACAACCCCUGGAUGCUGCUGUUUUUCAUCUCUUUCCUCCUCAUCGUCAGUUUCUUUGUGCUCAACAUGUUUGUGGGCGUGGUGGUGGAAAACUUUCACAAGUGUCGCCAGCAGCAGGAGGAGGAGGAGGCGCGGAUGAGGGAGGAGAAACGGCAGAAGCGGUUGGAGAAGAGGAGGAGAAGGGCCCAGGAGAAGCCGUACUUCGCCGACUACUCCCCACUGCGUCGAUCCAUCCACACCGUGUGCACCAGCCACUACCUGGAUCUCUUCAUCACCAUCAUCAUCUUCACAAACCUCAUCACCAUGAGCAUGGAGCACUACAAUCAGCCUAAGUACUUCGAGGAGAUACUGAAGUACUGCAAUUACGUCUUCACUGUGGUUUUUGUCAUCGAGGCAAUUCUCAAACUCAUCGCUUUUGGCCUUCGCCGCUUUUUCAAAGAGAGAUGGAACCAGUUGGACCUCGCCAUUGUGUUGUUGUCCAUCAUGGGAAUCGCACUGGAAGAAAUAGACCUGAAUGCUUCACUCCCCAUCAAUCCUACCAUCAUACGCAUCAUGAGAGUCCUCAGGAUAACAAGAGUGUUGAAGCUGUUGAAGAUGGCGACAGGAAUGAGAGCUCUGCUGGACACGGUGAUGCAAGCUCUGCCUCAGGUGGGGAAUCUGGGUCUGCUCUUCAUGUUGCUGUUCUUCAUCUAUGCAGCUCUGGGAGUUGAGCUCUUUGGAAAACUGGAGUGCUCAGACGAGAACCCAUGUGAGGGUCUAAGUCGCCACGCUACAUUUGACAACUUCGGCAUGGCUUUCCUCACACUCUUCAGGGUGUCUACCGGGGACAACUGGAAUGGGAUUAUGAAGGACACGUUGCGAGAGUGUCGCCCGCAGGAACGCCACUGCCUCACCUACUUGCCCCUGAUCUCUCCCGUCUACUUCGUCACCUUUGUCCUAACGGCUCAGUUCGUGCUGGUCAACGUGGUCGUGGCCGUUCUCAUGAAGCACCUGGAGGACAGCAACAAGGAGGCGCUGCUGGAUGAGAUAGAGGAGAGGAAGGAGCGGGAAGAGAUGAGGGAGAGGGAGGAGGCCAGCCGUCGCCUCAGUACUGCGUCUGUGGGCGGAGACCUGGUGCCAAAUGUGGGCACACCGGCUCAGGUGCAGGUCGAGGAUGAGGAUUGUUCCCAUGGCAACCUGCUGAGCAUAGGACGCAUGCUGUCUCUCCCCAGCGACAACUACGUCCAGCCACUCAGAUGCUCCCCUUAUCCUCCCAUUUGCCAUGAGGCGUACUCCGGCUACAGCUACUCAGGCUCCAUGUCAUCUCUGGCGUCCAGCGGAGGCGGCUCACUGCUGCAGGUUCCAGGGGCUCUGCCGGCCAACAGCCACGCUUCACUGGGGAAGGGACGCAGCUCGAGGCCAAAGAUCUUCCUCAGCACGACUCAGAGCAUCGACCAACACUCCUCACACAGACUCAGUCCGGCUGACAGUGUCGAGGGCUACAGGUUAAGUCCGGCUCACGGAAUAAACAGACACAGACUUAGUUCAGCUCACAGUAUAGAUGGAUACAGGUUCAGCCCAGCCCAUCGAAUAAACAGACACCGACUCAGCUCUACUCGCAGUAUGGAUGGAUACAGGCUCAAUCCAGACCAAAACACAGACAGACCUAAACUCGUGUCCAGCCACAGUAUAGACCGACAUUCCUCGCUUAGAUUAAGUCCCACCGACGGUGCCAGCAGACGUCCUUCUCAGUGGCUCAGUCCUGACGACAGUUUAGACAGAAACAAGCUGAGUCCCUCAUACGUUCCAGAUUGUUCGUUCCAGAGGAGACCAGCAUCCUUCCACAAUGCGAGCAGACAGUUACGGAGACAGGAGGCCGUGCGCUGUGACUCUUUGGAUCAGAGUGGUUCAGCUGACGAUCUGGCAGAGUCCAACCUCACAGUGGCCGCCGCUUCUUCCACACCACCACGCCAGCGAUCAUCCAGUGUACACACACUGAAAUAUACACACCCCCAGAGGGUCAUCUCAUGCAGGAGCCACAGCCGGAGCCCCAGUGAAACCGCUGGGCAAGAACACGUACCUGAGGAGGCCAUCUGCGCAUCGCAGCCAGAAACAGAUGUCGAGAAGAGGCCUGUCAGCCCGCAGAGGCUUUCCGGUCUGAAGGUCCACAGCGGAGAAUCCAUCUUAUCAGCACCGCUUUGUAGUUCCAGAGCGGCCAACCCGGGGGGCCCCCAGUUGGAUGACGCCGACGAGGAAGUCAGUCGUAUUAACAGUUCUGUGGAGUCACACUCACACACACAGCUCCCUCCCAGCUCCUCACACAAAAGCAGACACCUUACCCCGAGCCCCGUGGAGCACAGGAGCCGCCUCAGUCAAUCAGUGUCUCCGGUGUCGGGCAGGAACAGGAAGCAGAGGAUGAGCCCGCCGCCAGGAGAGGAGCCGGUUACUAUGGCGACGCAGCUGAUGGACAGCAGCGUUGAGCUGAGAAGGCGGACUCUGUCAUUUGAUGCCACAACCGUCUCUCCUAGUCAACCAGAGGAGAGUUCUGUGGACGACUAA